AUGCCUAACCGUGGGGCUGAUCUGGAGACAGAGGAACGUCAACCACGGUCCAUGAGAGGACAAGGUGAUCCCGGGCAAGAUGUGUUUUGCCUGGUAAAGCAGAACAUGUCUGACAGCUGCCUCUCGCAGCGCCCAAUCCUGGUACUGCCAUCGGCCUUGAUGGGGAGGACUGGUGAGUUCUUUCAACGACUGAAUGAUCCAGGUCUUGCUCUGACAGGUGGCUUCACUCCAGAGAGGGUAGAGGAAUUGCAAUUGUUGAAGAAAAACAUCGAGAAAGACUUCCCCCACAUGACUAGGGCCAUGAAGUAUUAUGAGGAUGCGAUGAACCCGAGGCUUCAGGGUUGUUCCAAGGCUCAAUCUGAACAGGCUGUACAUGGUCAGCUUGUGGGAGGUUUGUGUUGUGCCAUGGAUGUUCUUGAAGAUGGCGUGAUGGGAACUCUUUGUGCCUACUUUGACACAGCCAUCGAGGAGCUGGUGAUGUCAGCUGCUCCAGUCGCGUCGGAUCGAAUUGUGACGACCAUAGUCCCGAACAACUCAGUUGAUCAGUUUUGGCUCCCUUUGAGUGCGUUCGACUUCGCGCCCAAUGGCAAGAACGGAUUCUAUCCAAACAAUUGUGGGAUUGCUGCUCACUGGCGGGAAUUUGCCAAGCACGGAUAUCUUCCCAAGUUCGAUGCAGUGCAGACGAAGUUUCCAUAUCCAGCAGAUGGAUCUAGAGCUAUCACGGACUUUUCAGUCGGAAUUGUAGAUGGCCAAACCAAGAUUCUGUGCAUGAUGAGUUUGGUGCUGUUCAUCAAGGAGCUUGAGCUGACACAUGAACAAAUCCAAGACCCGCACUUGCAGCACGUUCUUGGUUCGUUCCAAUCUAUUCGGUGCUCCUACCAGCACUUUGAAAACCCAAGCCAACACUCGCUGGAAUCUUUACGACUGGGGUUCGUGACAGCAGAAAAAAUCCAACCGAGCCCGUUGGCGAUCACAGGGGACAUCUCACAAGCCAUCAACAUUGAACGGCGAAUGUCCCGAACGAGGACAGCAUUGAAGGAUGUGUUGAACAGAGUGGUUGCAGACUUCAACCGUUUGACAACGGUGAAGAAGCAUCGGAUUGAUGCUGGAAGAAAAAGCUUAAUCUACAACCUUCUUCGGUGCCCAUCAGAGUUCCUGAAUGCACUCCAUGCACACUACGACCAAUGUAAACACUCCGAAAGUGCACUGCCACACGAGAUUCUUCAACAUGACUUUUUCGUGCCUGGAGUGACUACGCGCAUGGAGCAACCGCAGUACAAUGGCAAUGGAAGGGACACUUUCCAAGAGGACUUUGACAAGCGAGCUGGCAAAGAAGCAACUUUGAAGAGCAAGGUGAGGGGAAAAAGCGUGGAAGAAUUCCUCACAGCCCAUCAGGACAGGGCCCGGAGCGCCUUGCAGAAAUCUCUGGAGGCUGCCUAUAGCGCAUGGGUCGAGCAAUUGAAGAGCGACCAAACACAAUUCGAGUCGGAAAAGAUUUUGCACCUCGACUUAAUUGAGCGUUUUGGCUUCGACUUUAAGGAUGCGCAUGUGCGGGCAUGGAAGGUUGUCAAGGAGUUCAUGGAUUCUUCCAUGACCAUUUUUGCGUCUCGUGCCAUGGAAGCAGAUUCAACCAUCAUGCCGAGUGCAAGAGCAUGGAUCAGGGAAGUUUCAGCGGAAGUGGGCUGCUCCGCGGCAGACCACAUGGUGGUGCUCUUCUUGAACCUGCCUGCGGUUGGCAUCGUGUCAAGUGUGAAGCUAGACUUCUUUGUGUCGUUUUUGGCGAACACGCUGGCAGAUUACAAGCAGAAUGGCAUCGCGAUACUUGUACACCCCAACAGGGCUGGGCAGUCAGCGCAAAGGAAGCAGCUAUCGCUAAAAGAGCGCAACUUGGCACUUCGACCAUUGACGUGGGUGUUCAACCCUGAUUCUGUAUAUGGCAAGCGCGAUGGUGCGUUGACCGGCUUGGCCCUGAUCUACAACCAGAAAGGAAACCUGUUCAGGCAAACGACUGCAUGGAAAACAGGAGUCGUUCACAACAUCACCAUGCUUCCGCGCAACCAAAUGUGGAAACCCUCAGUAAGCCCUGCCAAGAAUCAGCUUCCUCACCUGGGAAGGGCAUUUACCGACAUACAAGAACUUAAGCAGGUGGCUGGUGGCAGUGAUUUUGUUCGGAAGACACUGACAGCCUUCUCCUACCCCACCAGCAAGCACACCAUCUUGGUUGAUUGCCACGGCUAUGAUGGAUGGCCUUGUCUAUCAGCACUUGAGGAAAUCGCUGACAAGAAGGAGAUGCACUGCGCUACUUUGAUGCUGGAUCAGAGUGGGGCUGAGAUCCAAAGCAGGGUGUCCAACCAGCUGUAUGAAUGGUGCAGGAACGACAAGAUCCAGUUGGGCAACUUCCCCAACUUUGGCCCACUCAUCGCGGCCCUUCGGGAGGGUGCAAACCCGUCUUCUACCAAAUCAUAUCGGGUUUGCACACAGCAAGGCACCCGUCUACUGAUCUUGGAGAGCUUGGCUUCCAAGUGGACCGAAACAGAAUGUACAAAAGAUCGUGCGACUUCUGAGAUAACUGCGCACAACGAGCUUUACAACAAAGAUGGCGACUUCUGGUUUGCUGAUGAAGCACGUGAAGUCAUGAACGAGCCGGAUGGGCGCUGGUUCUCAUUCAACGUGGAUGGAAACACGUUGAUCCUGCUGGAGAAAAAGGAUUUGCCAACUCAUUUGGCCUCGAUGAACUGUGCUGACUCGGUGAUCGCGCUCAGCAAUGUCCUCCGGGAAAUGGAAGACCAAGGGGAGGUCAAGCUGGAGAUUUCACACCACACCGAAAAGGAUGGCACCAUCACCAAUGUGAAGCCAUUGGUUUUCCUGAUGGAUAUGCUCAAGGACAAGAAGGGGAAAGGGGCCAAGGAAUCCAAUUCCGGAAUUACCACCAAAAACUUUGGUGCACGGGCCAAUGUGAGCGUGUUCAAGAAUACUAAGAACCUCUCCCUGGCUUGGAGAUGCAGGCUCUUUUCAAGUCAUUGGCAUGUUAUGUGGUCAUGUUGCGCGUGCACCCUUCCUUAUAUCACUUGUUGGUGUGUCCUUUGA